GGCAGAGACACUCGUCUGGAGCUCUGUCUGUUUGGUUUCGUUUUAGUUAGCAGCACAAAUUGUCCUGCACGUAGGCUUUAUCUGGCUGAACAGGAAUCUGCUGGUGUCUUUUGGUUGCUCUGUCCUUGUCUCCACUGCUGUGCUGAAGGAUGUCCCUGCUCUCACCAGGAGAUGAAGAUGAACCCGAGCGUUUUGAUGGUCUUUCUCUCCUAUACUGGACUAUCAUGGGCCCUCAUGGAAUCAAUCGAGCUGUUCACCGCAUUUCAUUUUCUGAUUGUCAAAAUGGAUUAGGAGUUAAAAUUAUUGGAGGCUAUCGGGCACAAACGGCAGAAGAUUAUGGGAUUUUCAUCAAGAGAAUUCUACCUGGAGGAGUGGCUGCGGUAGAUAGCCGUUUGCUCACUGGUGACCUAAUUUUGGAUGUCAAUGGAGAAAACUUAAUUGGAGUAACCAAUGAAAGGGCUGUUGACAUCUUGCGAACAGCAUCAGCGUCGAAUCACAUGUCCCUGCUGGUUGCCAGAGAUGAAGAAGCAAAGAAAGAAUUUCUAGACCUGAUGGAUAAGUAUGGCUCUCACAGUGACACCAGCUCUGCAAGAAGUUCUCCGACGCAGCUCUUAGCCGCAAAAUCCGUAGACAGCCCAUCCUCUGGGUCAUCCUCAAGGUCACAGAGUCCUCAGUUGCAUCCGAAGGAUAAUAUCACCACCAUCAGCAGAAACAAUUCUGCCCUGGCACCAUCUCCGAAGCUUACAAAGGAUAGUGCAUUUCAGAUUAUAUCUGUUUGCAAAGGAACAAGCCUAGGUUUGAAUGUUGUAGGAGGAAUUGACAGAAAUGAAGGGCCUUUGGUAUAUAUUCAAGAAAUUAUCCCUGGUGGGGAUUGUGAUAAGGAUGGACGAUUGAAGCCUGGGGAUCAACUUGUGUCCAUAAACAAGGAGUCAAUGAUUGGCGUCUCCUAUGAAGAGGCAAAGACUAUAAUCAACAGAACAAAGAUGAGAUGUGAAGGUUUUUGGGAAAUAGCUUUUAUUAGACAAAAAAAUACUCCCAGUUAUUCAGAGAAUCUGCAACGUCCUUCCAGCCUCUUAACAUCUUCUGCAGAAUAUGGAGAGCACCAAGCUGCGAUACUUAGUUCUCUUGCACCUCCUAAUGGGAAGCUUGUUCCAACGUUCAGUCCGAAUACUGUGGAAACUGGAGUCAGGAUAGGAGAACAAUCUCCUCUCACUUCUGCAGACAGCAGUCCUACUGAUGUAUCUGCCUCUGUUAUUGCCUCCAGCCAGAAUGAUGAGUAUGAGCCGCAAGGAAGGAACUCUACUAUCCGUCUCAAAGCAGAAAAGCUGGAGAGGGCGUUGAAUUAUCUUGGGAUCCAGCCCACAGAUGAACAGCAGCAAGCCCUAAGGCAGCAACUUCAGAAAGAUUCUAAAGGAACAGUGUCUUUUGGAGAUUUCGUCGAAGCUUCAAGGAAUCUGUUCUCUCUGCAAGCGAACGCCCCAGAUGGCAGCCAAAGACCUGCAGCGUUUGGGGUCAAUGAAAUCGCCAGCUUACUGGAUUCCCAGUUAGUAACCUGUGAUUCUUUGGACCAUGACAUGGAGAGACUUAAAAAAGAAAGGAUUGAAGCUUUAAAAGAAAUGACCAAAUUAAAGGAAAAAUUGUCUGAAUCUGAGAAUUUACAGAAACAGUUAACAGAGGAGCUACAAAUAGUCAAGCAAGAAGCCAAAGCAGCUGUAGAAGAGACAAGAGGCCUGCGAAGCAGGAUUCAUCUUGCAGAAGCCGCACAAAGGCAGGCUCGUGGGAUGGAGAUGGACUAUGAAGAAGUAAUUUGCCUAUUAGAAGCUGAAAUUGUAGAGCUGAAGGCUCAGCUCAGUGAUCAUUCUGGCCAAAAUAAAGAUAACAUCCAAGACUUGAGAAAGAGAGUUACUGUUCUUGAUUGCCAGCUGCGGAAAUCCGAAUCGGCUAGGAAAACCUUUGAGGUGGCUACUGAAAAAUUACUACAAUUUGUAGAGGUUGUGCAUGAAAUACUUUCCGACAACUCUCCUUCCUCGGCCGUUUUAAGUGACAGAAGAACAGCAUUGUCUACUAAAGCACUUCUUGCGCGGUUGGGAAGAAUUGGACCUACUGUCACAGCAGCUCUUGCAGCAGAAGCCAGAGACCUUGCCAAGUCUGUCCGUGCCAUUCUGGAAGUAGAUUGCCUGCCUUAUGGAUGGGAAGAAGCUUACACAGCAGAUGGAAUCAAGUAUUUCAUCAACCACGUGACACAGACAACAUCAUGGAUCCAUCCUGUAACAAGCGCGCUAAGCUUGCUUUCCUCCGAGGAUGAUGACGAUGGAAUAAGAGAGGUUCCCGGGUCCAAAAGCUGAGGACGUCUGUUGGCAAGAAGUAGUUUAGUUUCAGUGCACUAGUGAGAAGAUGCACCCUUUCUAACCUACGUACCCUCUAGUCAAAUGUCAUGGUACCUGGUGGCAUUUCUGCCCGUCAAGUCAGGGGAAGUUCUGCCAGUCUUUUAGGUAGAUUUACUGAUGCCACGAAAAGUGCAGGCAUGGCAGAAGUCUCCCUCCAGUCCUUAACCUGUCCCGGUUUGGUGUGCGGGGGUCAGCCUUAUCUCAGGGCCCAAUCCAGUCUUUUCAUGACUUCUGCUGGCACAACUGCACUGCCCUGAAGUGAAAUGUUCACAGCUUUGACCAACAUGGGAGUUAAGAUCAGGCCUUUGCUUGUAAUGUCGCAUGGUAAAUCCUAGGAAAGGGUUGACCGAGAGAUGUAAGGUGAGCUUUCUCCUUCUUUUAACCAAUGCCAGUGGGUGUAAUGUCAAUACCUUUUCUUUAACUACUGAAAACUUUGAUUUUUAUGAAAAAGUUAUUAUGACAAGUUUUGAUAAUAGAUAUUCAGCAAUUUAUAACAAGUAUUGGAGCCUUUUAAACACUAAGAUUGAUGGUUCGGAUUUAGAAAAAUAAGUCUUUGAAAAGUUGUCAUGUAAAAAGAAACAAUUUUGGUAGAGGACACCAUACUCUGUCAACGAUAUGAGGCAAGAAUGAAAAUCAUUCUACUUUUGUACUCUGCUAAACCGACACAUCCAUGCCUCAGAUACUUCAGGGGAAGCUGUGAAGUUUCAAGUACAAUGAAACCUGUGAAACCACCUCCAGGAUCAGCAGAAAUCAGUCACCUCCUCAAAGUUGGUCUUUAAGUAGAACAAAAUCGUUUUGUACACAUUGGUGAUGAUUUAAAGAGGAUAAAGAAAACGACAGGGGGCUACUGCGAGCUGAUGAACAGGUUUCACUGUCCCUCAGUACCACGGGAUGGUUUAAAUCUCACAACUCACAGCACAAUGUAUGAUGUCAGAUCCAUGAUCAUAUGGAGGGCUUUUCUGGAGGCUCUUUAUAUAUGUGAGUAUGCGUAGAAUCUAUAUGGUAGGUGUUGACUAGUGAAUGAAAGACCUGAGAUUUAGCCGAAGCACUGAUGAAUUUGUCAAAGGAAAACCCUCUGACCUUCAGUCCAAGGAGGAGAAUUGGAUUGUAACAGUGCGAGGAAGGCAUAUCUGCAGUAAAAGCAGUCUGUAUUCUUUCUGGCCACACACAUAAGGACUUCAGAAUCUCCCUGGAAAGAUUCAGUCACACCUCGGCACUUCAGCUCGCAUCUAUUGGCUGAUACAAAGGAAUGAGGCCACACAAUCCCAUUUUCUGAGGUCUGUCUGCAGCAGGUGUGGCUUUGGAUUUAAACAUCCCUGUGCUUUAAGAAAUGAGUAUAAAGACCAGACUCAUUUGCAGUUGUGGUGCCACACUCUUGUCCUCAGCAUUACAGGGCUGUGCCGAGCCAGGCACGCUGUAGCCAUUGAUCCUUUUGAAUCAAAAAGAAUAGAACUUUGUUUAAAAUCCAAGUCAAGUCUCUGCUUUGAAAAGCAGCACAGCAAUAUCUACAGCCUGAGCUGUAGAGCACAUCACCAAAUGUUCUUCUGAAGGAGCAAAGUGCAGCUCACAAAAGACUUUUCUGCAGGCUUUGCUGGACGUAGAUGUCAGGAUAUAUUGAAUAAAUAGGAAAAGAAGUGUUUUGUACUUUUCACUAGGUUAGAACCAAAUUAUCCAUGAAUCCACCCAGGUGGUGUGGAUUGGGAGGAGGAGCUUGCUCAGCAGAUCCACAGUAUCUUACAUGUCUAAGAAACCCUCUGAUAGCAACAACACACCGAUGCUUCAGCCACGUUGUGCUCCAGUGGCUCCUGCAUGCUUCACAGCAUCCUUUGUGUUCCCCGAGAACACAACUGAAGGGGCAGAGCAUGUGCUUCAGUUUCAGGGUUGGACACUGUAGAAGCAUUUUUAUUUAAAUCCUUUUUCUGAAAAAGGCACGGGCUGACCCACAGAGGAUGGAUCAUGUUCUGAAUUCCUGUGAUAUUUGCUGUAGCCUUUGUAAUCCUUUGGAUGCUUUGUGACAGGUGUUUCAGGUCAUACUUCCAUGCUAUCUAGGCAGCAUAUAGAUUCCAGUUUUCUAGUUCUGUUCGACAGCUUUGUAUCUCCACUUGACCCUCACAGUCUUGCUUUAUUCUGCUGGUGGCUUUGCGACAGCUCACUGGGCAUUUCGGAGAGGAUGUUAGAAAAAGACGUUAGAAAUAGAUCACUGCUUCUAUCUAGCUGCUUCUCCGGUGAGCGUUACCUCUGCAGCUAAUCCGCUAGUUCAAAUUCUCCGUUAUUCAGACUACAUUUUCAUACCUACAAUCUCCAAAUGUUCCCAUCUAUUUUUGUACACUGGCAUUCUUGUUUCCUAGGUUAUUUCUCUCGAUCUCCCCUUGCCUCUUCCCUUCUGUGAAAUAGUUUGUGAAAUUAUCUUGAUUAAGCUGAACUGUGAAUAUUGAAAAAAUGGUCCUAGGAUAAUGUAAGAAGAAUUUGUAAAGAGCAGUUGUCAAAAUACGCAACACUGUAAACAACAGCUAUUCAUUUUUAUUCCAAAAUAAAAAAAAAAAAUAAGUGGAAAAGAAAUCAAAGUGCAUGUUAUAUCCUUUAAAAUAUGGAACUACAGCUCUAUAAAGGAGUGGCCAUGUGGCCAUAAAUGAUUCCUGUCUCUGUUUUCCAUGUAAAGGUGACAUUUGGAAAAAUGCUGUUCUUGUAGACACCGGUGUUAAUCUUCACCUGACAUCCUACUAAAUUUAAGAUGGCACAUUCUCCCAUCGAAGCAAAGAGCUGAACACAAAUACCUACACAGACAUGUUAGGUACUCAGCUUCAUAGGUGCUAAAUAGCUUCCUUAUAACGCUACUCAGCAAAUUUGAUGGUCCUUUCAUCAACCCCACCAGAUAAAGAGGACACACACAUCUGUGAGCUGGAAUGACAAGUGGGAAAGGCUCUCCUGAAGGGCAGCAAAUGCUAUUAAAACCUGUGAAAUCCUAACUUUUCUGGGAACUUGAUGGGAUUCCGAACCCCCUGCUUAAGAAGCCUUAACACUUAUCCCAAACCGAGCACCAACAUUCAGUGGCCUUUUUGCAAACCCUGCGCUGAGUGACCGUUGUAUUGUUCUAGCGUUAAGUCAGUAACCAAACUUCAAGUCAUCUCAGAAGCCUUUGCUCAAUUCUGUGCUCCUGGUCCUCGCGUAUCGUCCAUCCCGCCCUGCUCCGAGGAGCGUCAGCUUGAGCUUCAGCUGCUGCAGGUGAGCUCAGCCCCACCAGUUCAGACACCUCAGGCCCUGGGGGCAGGUUGGCAAAGAUGUUUAGCAGCUUAAAGAUGUUGAUGGAGUUAAUAGGAAUUAGGCACCUAACCUACUUAGAUGCUGCUAUAAAUGCUGCUAGGCAUGUUUAGGUACCUAAAUACCUUAGUAAAUCUUUCCCCUUACUGCUUGCAAUGAUAGCGUACCAAAAAUCAAAUACUAAUGAAUAAAGCCUAACCUUUGUCCUCUGUAACCAGCUUUGUCUUUCCCUGGGGAUUGUUUUCAUGUAAUACUAAAAAUACCGUCCAUCUCACCGGUUCUG